AUGGAGAACGUGUCCUACGUGGCCCUGAGGCAGCCCAUCGUGUUUGAGCUGGAGGGCUUUGAAGUGUCUCGGAGCCAUGGUUACCCCCUGUUUGCCCUGGUCCUGGCCAUCUACUUCCUGGUGCUGCUCGGGAACGUGGUUGUGAUGGGUGUGAUUGCAAUAGAUAAGACGCUACACAAGCCUAUGUACGUGAUGGUAUGUAACCUGGCUGCCUGUGACCUGCUGGGAGGAACGGCUGUGAUGACUCAGCUCAUGGUCAUCUUCCUGAUGGGGGAGAAGAGGAUUCCAUACAACAGUGCCUAUGCUCAGGCCAUCUGUGUUCACACCUAUGGUGCAGCUGUACAGACCAUACUGUCAGCCAUGGCCUAUGACAGGCAUGUCUACUGCAGCAACCGCUCCAUCCUGAACCUGGCCUGUGUGCCCACCCCCAUUAACGAUAUCUACGGUUUGUGCAUGACUUGGAUUCUCAGCAGCAGUUCCUUCCUCAUCAUCUUUUUCUGCUAUUCCAAGAUCCUGUCAGCCUGUCUGAUGAGGAAGAGUGACAAGGGCAGUCGUAGUAAGGCCUUACAGACCUGCGCCUCUCACCUGGUCAUCUACUUGAUCUUCGAAAUUGUCAGCCUCAUCAUUAUCCUCAGUAACCGCUUCCCCCAGGUCCCAAUGAACAUCAAGAAGUUCUGCACUAUCCUGAUCUACAUCGUUCCCCCUCUAAUUAACCCUAUCAUCUAUGGAUUUGUCACUAAAGAGUUACGCACAAGCAUUAUAAAGCUGUUGAAAACACGGGUUGCACCCAAACUGUAA